AUGGACGGAAAGAAAUUAGAAUACAAAGGUGAAGAAGCACUUAAGGAGAUAGAGAGGCUAACAAUGAAUGCUGAUGAGGUUCAAGAAAGUAUUCUGAAACAGAUCUUAACCCAGAAUAAAGAAACUGAGUAUUUAAACAAGUAUAUGAAGGAAGAAACAUAUGUAACUGAUUUACAAGAGUUUAAGCGUUGUGUUCCAGUAAUUAGUUAUGAAGGAAUCUUUCCAUAUAUACAGAGAAUUGCAAAUGGUGAAGACUCUUCUCUCAUCACUGGUAAACCAAUAACAGAAAUGUUAUGCAGUUCAGGAACAUCAGCUGGAGAGCCUAAACUGAUGCCAUCAAUUGCUGAAGAUCUUGAUCGUCGUACUUUUGUGUAUAAUCUUAUCAUGCCAAUCAUGAAUCAGUACGUUUGUUAUCUCGACGAAGGCAAAGUGAUGUAUCUGUACUUUGUGAAACCAGAAAAAUCCACACCAUGUGGUUUACCAGCAAGAAGUGUGUUAACAAGUUACUACAAAAGCAAACACUUCAAAUGCCGCACUCAGGAUCCUUGGAAUGAUUACACAAGCCCUGACCAAACCAUUCUCUGCAAUGACAUCAACCAAAGCAUGCAUUGCCAACUCCUAUCAGGUCUAAUUCAUCGCGGUCAGGUUCUAAGACUCGGCGCAGUCUUCGCUUCAGCAUUUCUAAAAGCAAUUUCAUUCCUUGAACGUAACUGGAGAACUUUAUGUGAUGACAUAAGGAAUGGACAGUUGAGUUCCUUUAUAAAAGACCCUUCUUGCCGUUCAUCGAUGUCGACUCUACUUUCAUCUCCUGAUCCAUGUCUAGCUGAUGAAAUAAGUAAAAUCUGUAGCCAAAAAUGUUGGAAGGGGAUUCUAUGUAAGCUUUGGCCUAAAGCAAAGUAUAUUGAAGCUGUUGUGACAGGGUCUAUGGCUCAAUAUGUUCCGGCUUUGGAGCAUUAUUGUGAGGGAAAAUUGCCUUUGGUUUGUACUAUGUAUGCUUCUUCUGAGUGUUACUUUGGGGUGAAUUUGAAACCUCUGUGUGAUCCUGAUGAUGUUGCUUUUACACUGUUGCCUAAUAUGGGUUACUUUGAAUUCAUUCCUCUUGGACAUAAUGGGAAACUGUUGAUGGAUUUUGAUGAAAAUGAAAAAGUUCCUAAUGAUAUGCUUGUGGAUUUAGUGAAUGUCAAGCUUGGUUGCUUUUAUGAGCUGGUCAUCACUACAUUUGCUGGGCUAUAUAGAUACAGAAUCGGUGAUGUGCUUCAAGUGGUAGGAUAUUACAACAAAGCGCCACAAUUCCGAUUCAUAUGUAGAAGAAACGUCGUAAUAAGCAUUGACAGUGAAAAGACAAAUGAACAAGAUUUACACAGAAGUGUCACAAAAGCCAAAAAGCUAUUAGAGCCUUAUGAUGCUCUCUUAGUGGAAUACACUAGUUAUGCUGAUACUUCAUCACUACCGGGACACUACGUAUUGUACUGGGAGAUUCUUCAUUAUGGCACAAAAAUGGACCCACUUGACCCAAAGGUGCUUCAAGAAUGUUGCAUUGCAGUUGAAGAGGAGUUGGAUUAUGUAUACAGAAGAUGCCGCACUAAUGACAAAUCUGUUGGAGCUUUAGAGAUACGUUUGGUGGAGCCAGGAACUUUUGAAGCAUUGAUGGAUUUGUUUAUCACUAAAGGGGCUUCAAUUAAUCAGUACAAAACACCAAGGUGUAUUAAGUCUAAGAAAGCACUUAAGUUGCUUAAGUCUAAAGUUAUGGCUUCUUUCUUUAGUCCCAGAGAUCCUAAAUGGACUGUUACUUGA